UCUGUUAAUCAGAUUACGCCCGAAACCGGCCGACCACUCUCUCUCUCUCUCUCUCUCUCUCCUCUCUCUCGUUCACGCCAAAAAUGCAGACUUUCCUCUUUCGUCUCGCACCUCCGCUUCCCCUCCGCGCCCCGGCAGCCCCACAAGAAUUCUCCGAAUUCCGUCCCCAGCCAUGAAUUCGCGUCCGCCUCUCCCGACCCAGUUGCCCCAAUCUUGAAGAAAAGCUCUCUCCUCUCCCUCCUUCCCCGCCUCCUUCGAACCGAAUGGGCAAAGGCCUCGCCUUUACGUCGGCGCCGGAGUUCCUGGCUUUCCCCCACGGCCACCAGGUCCUCCGGAACCGCCCGGCCCAGGCCCGGCCUGGCAGCCGGCGCCUCUCCGUCCGGUCGCAUUUCGGGGAAACGUUCCCUGCUUCGCUCGGCAAAUGGAGGACCAUCGAGACCCAUCAUUGCGAUCAUAGUAGUAGCGGCAAUAAUGGGAUCGGUAAUGGGCAUAGCAUACAGCUUCCGGCUGUUUCGAAGGGCGAUGUUUCGAGCAGGAUGCCGCAGCUCUCUUUUAACCGGUUGCAGCUUACCGACGAGGAAUGCAGCGGGUUGCUGAAGCGGUGCUUCGGGCGGUUCGUCGCCCGCGAAGCCGUUUUGGAUGAAGAAUAUUGGACGGCAGCAUGGUUGCGAGCCGAAGCUCAUUGGGAGUCUUUAUCCUAUAUGAGGCACAUUGACAAUCAUAAGAGGACAUACGCGGAGCAGGAGUUUUAUGCUUUGAAGAGGAGAUGCCUCGGGCAGGAUGGAAAUUCAUUGAAGUGCUUUUGUUUUGUUACAGUUAAGAAGGAAGACAAAAAUGUGAGAAGAACUGUGCUAAAUAGUGUCGUUGGAACUUUAGACCUUAGUAUUAGACAGUUUAUGCAAGGGGAAACGUACCCUGGGGAGCUGAAAAGAUUUUCUAGAGUCUUUGCAAAUCAGGAGCCCUUUGAUGCACAUAAGUAUGCUUAUAUUGCAAAUGUUUGUGUAUCCAAGUUUGCUCGGUGCCAGGGUAUUGCAUCUAAUAUGAUUUAUUUAGCCACAGAUAUUGCAAACUCAGCCGGUAUGAAGCAGUUAUACGUUCAUGUUAAUGCAGAUAAUGUGGCUGCUCAGAAAUUGUACAAAAAGACUGGCUUCAAGAUUGUUGAAGCCGCUUCAUCUCCUACAUCAAAGGAUCAGAGACUUUUGAUGUCACUUGAACUGUAAUGCGAAUUCCGCUGGUUCAUAUAUACACGAGUUCAGUAAAAGGAUUGCGUUUGUAUAGUACAUUAGGCUUUCUCCAACUGGGUAUCAAAUAUAUUUCCUGUUUUCUGUUUGUGUUUCAAGGAUAUAUCUAGGUCAGGGGGUUUUAGCAGCCUUGCUCUAGUUAUUGCUGGUCAAGAUUAGUUCUGAUGUAAAUAGACCAACAGUGAUUUGUAUGUAAAUUGGUUGCCUUAAGUAUCAAAGAUGUUUCCUGAUUUUGAAUAGGAAGUUUUAA